CCUCCUCUGAUCGGGUAGCGUCUGGCAGCCAGAAGGGUUCACUUUCGCUGGGAUCCUUGCAAAUGUGCUAAAGAUGCUUCUAUCAUCCUUUUAUUGAUCCGGGCUCGAUCAUCAUCCUCGGUGAAUGGUAAGCCGUCGUUCACGUGGUGGAUGGACAGUGCCACAGUGGCACCCUCUGCCCUCCCCCAGUCACAAGCCUCUCUGACUGAGCACAUUGUCGGCCGCAAUGAGGAGAAUAACGGGCAAGGCGAAGGAUGAAACUUUGAUCGAGCUGCAGAACACCACCGACUUUCACACAGCAGAUGGCCUUGCCGUGCUGACUGCAUUCAGGACCAACCUGCACACAGAUGAAAACGGUGGAAAUGGUGUGAAUUCCCUAUCAGAGAGAGAAACACUGCCAGGACAUACUGAGACUGAGAAGUUACAACCCAACAAAGACACUGUGUUCUUUCGGGACGGCGUGCGGAGGAUCGACUUUGUGUUGUCUUACGUGGACGACAAAGACGGAGAGAAAAAACAGGAGAGGAGGAGGGAGUUUGAGGCCAACCUUGAGAAAGCUGGACUGGAGCUGGAGACAGAAGACAAAUCUGACUCCAAAGACCAAAAGACAUACUUCUUGAAGAUUCAUGCUCCAUGGGAUGUUCUGGCCACCUACGCUGACGUUUUGAAGAUUAAGGUUCCUUUCAAGGCUAGUGAUAUCCCUCACGGCCAGGAUGUUCCUCUGGAAUGGCUCUCGCAUCCUUUCCGCUUGCCGGAGCACAUUAUGCACCCUCAGCCUGAUUAUUUCACCUAUCCCUUUGACAAACGCAAGACUGACUUCUUCCUCAUUAAUGACAAGGACACCUUCUUCCCUCCUUCCACAAGAAACAGAAUUGUGUUCUACAUCUUGGCUCGAUGUCCGUAUUACAAAGACAGGCGACAAGAUAAAGACAAGACAGGGAUAAAGAGAUUACUCAGCAACGGGACAUACACAGCAGCGUUCCCACUUCAUGAUUGUCGUUACUGGAAGAGGGCAAGAGAUGCCGAAUGUGAGAGCGAGCGCUACAACUUGUACAAACACUGGGCCAGGUUUCUCUGCUUUUACAAAGAACAGCCGCUUAACCUCAUCAGGAAGUACUACGGGGAAAAGAUUGGCAUCUACUUUGCGUGGCUGGGCUUCUACACAGAGAUGUUGUUCUUUGCAGCCGUCAUGGGCUUUAUAUGUUUCACCUACGGGGUGCUUAGCUAUGACGACAACAUAUCCAGCAAAGAGAUUUGUGACCGUAAUAUUGGAGGCAGUAUCAUCAUGUGCCCGUUAUGUGACAAAAAGUGCUCUUUCUGGAAGCUCAACUCUACAUGCCUCUCAUCUUGGCAAUCCCAUCUGUUCGACAAUGAGGGGACUGUGUUCUUUGCCAUAUUCAUGGGGAUUUGGGUAACUCUCUUCUUGGAGUUCUGGAAGCGGCGUCAGGCGCGGUUGGAGUACGAGUGGGACCUGGUGGACUUUGAAGAGGAACAGCAACAGCUUCAAAUCCGGCCUGAGUUUGAAAUCAGAUGUACUAACAGGAGACUCAACAAGAUCACUCAGGAAAUGGAACCAUAUCUCCCCAUCACCAGCAAGUGUGCCCGCUUCUGCCUUUCCGGAACCACUGUCAUAUUCUGGAUCUCUCUGAUCCUGGCCUGUAUUAUCGGCGUCAUCGCGUACAGGCUGGCUGUGUAUGCUGCCUUUGCCAGUAUUAUCAAAGACCCCAUGAGGAAGAUCCAGGUGGUGGGCAGGUUCAUCACUCCACAACUGGCCACCUCCGUGACUGCCUCCUGCAUUAACUUUGUCAUCAUCAUGAUCCUCAACUUCUUCUACGAGAGGGUGGCUGUCUGGAUCACAGAUAUGGAGAUUCCAAAGACCCAUUUGGAGUAUGAGAACCGACUCACCAUGAAGAUGUUCCUCUUUCAGUUUGUCAACUAUUACUCCUCCUGCUUCUAUGUUGCGUUCUUCAAGGGAAAAUUUGUGGGCUUCCCUGGUGAAUAUUCGUACAUGUUUGGAAAGUGGAGCAAACUGAGGAAUGAAGAGUGUGACCCUGGAGGCUGUCUGAUUGAGCUGACUACUCAGUUGGUGAUUGUCAUGGCAGGAAAACAACUAUGGGGAAACAUCCAGGAAGCCCUGCUACCGUUGAUGCGAAACUGGUGGAGUAGCAGAAGAGGACGCCACCAUCCUGAGAAUCAUUAUAGCCGGUGGGAGCAGGACCACGUUCUGCAGAACUUCAGCCAGCUGGGAUUGUUCUAUGAGUACUUGGAGAUGGUUGUCCAGUUUGGCUUCAUCACUCUGUUUGUGGCCUCGUUUCCUCUGGCUCCUCUCCUGGCUCUCUUCAACAACAUUCUGGAGAUUCGGGUGGAUGCUUGGAAGUUCACCACCCAGUUCAGACGACCGGUGGCAUCCAAGGCCAGAAACAUCGGAGCAUGGCAGGAGAUUCUCAAUGCAGUCGCCAUAUUGUCCGUUGUUACGAAUGCAUUCAUCAUGGCAUUCACCUCAGACAUGAUUCCCCGUUUGGUCUACCUCUAUGCAUACAGUAAAGAGGCCUCCAUGUGGGGUUACGUGAACAACAGCUUGUCAGUAUACAACAUUUCACAGAUCCCUGAACACAACAUGCCAGAAGAACAAGCCAGCUGGUUUGAUAAUUCAACAGCCAACUGCAGAUACAGAGAUUAUCGCUACCCUCCAGGCCACCAGAAGGAGUAUACUCACACCAUGCAGUUCUGGCACAUACUGGCCGCCAAAAUGGCCUUCAUUAUCAUCAUGGAACACGUGGUGUUCGUGGUGAAGUUCUUCGUGGCGUGGAUGAUCCCGGACGUGCCCUCGGAUGUGAAGGCGCGGAUUAAACGGGAGCGCUACCUGAUUCAAGAGUACCUGCAUAACUACGAGGUGGAGAGGCUGAAACUUCAGCUGAGCGCGAGCUUCGUCACGGAGACAUCCACGGAGCUGGACAAGCAUGAAGUGCUGUCUGAGUGCCUGUAGCCGGGAAUACCAGGAAGGGACAUUUGAGGUUCACCUGCUGAUGGCAUCCAAAUGCUCGGGCUGAGAAAACUAUGCUGGCCUUGUUUCUUUGUUUUUUUUUUAAUGGGCUUAAUCACCUGCUAUAAAAUAUUCCUAUAUUAGGAUGUGAGCAUCUGCUUCUUGAGUGCAUGUAGCGUAUGUGUGCCAUAGACAAGUGAAAGGCGUCUAGAAGAUGCCUUCUUUCCUUCCAAGCGACAUCUAUUUAAGUCUUUUUUUUUAUUUAAAAUAUUUUGAUCUCCCGCAUGUGCUAACUUGUAAGAAAGUGUGCAAGGUUGAACGGCAGGACUUGUCAGAAAAAAGUUAUACUGUAUGUUGUACUGUACUGCUGAUGACAGAUAUUCUCAUUGCUGACGGUGUGUUAUUGUAGCCAUGGAUAUCCAGUAGAAAAGACUCCGACGGAUCAUAAAUAUGCGAGUCUGAUCUUUAGCUGGGCUAUAAGAUUGCCACGUGUGUUGCUUGAGUGUUUUAUGUUGUGUCCAAACAAAAAGAACCUCUGUCUUGCAGCAAAGAUACUGUAACAAUCUAAUGUACUUACUGUUCAACCUGAAUUAAAAGUUGCAACAAUAAUUCACCACUUAUGUUCACCACUUUCAAAAAUAUCAACUAGACCACGGAUGUCCAAAGUGCGGCCCAGGACCCAAUUGCGUUUUUGGUUUGAUUGGCUUGUUUUUUUUAUUGACUCACGACGCAUUCUGAAAAUAGAAUUUAACAAGAAAACUCACUUGAAAAACCAACAACAGCAGAAAUGGAAAAAUUCAGCAGUAAUUUUACAAAAAAAAGUGAAAAGAGAGAGAGAGAGAAAAAAGUUUAACAAGAAAAAGUUGUAAUUUUAACGUAGUACAAAGAUUAAAUACGUAAGAAAAAAACUUUUUUAAAAAAAAGUCGUAAUAUGAAUUAAAAAAAACCUGUGAAUAAAGUUGUAAUUUUGGGGAAAACUCGGUUGGAGAAAAAGUUAUAAUGUCAUGAGAAUAAAGUGAAAAUAUUAUGGAAAUAAAGUCAAACUCGUAAUAUUAUAAGGAAAAAUAAUGUCAUUUUAGUGGCAUAAACUUGAAAUAUUAAAUAAAAAAUGCCUUAUUUGUAAAAAUUCUUAAUAUGAGAAACAAACAAAACUGAAGUUUUGGAAAAUUAGGUUGCAGAAAAACUUUAUAUUAUGGGAAUUAAGUCAUAAAUAGGAGAAGAAAAU